AUGUCCCCCGAGGGCAGCACAGGGAGGGCAGACAGGGCUGGAGCGGCCAACAUGGCCGCUGAGGGCAGCGCGGGGAGGGCAGACGGGGCCGGAGAGAAACGACGUAGCCCCAAGCGCAGCGCCGGACUGAGUGAAUAUAAGAGAAACUUCAAAUGGAGGAAGCCGGAGUUUUGUAGCCCGUCCCGGCAGCAGCAGGCCUUGUGGGCAGGACUGCGGUCGGACCAGCUAGGAAUCUCAAGAGAACCAAAGUUCAUUUCCAAGAGAAGGGUACCCUGCCAUCACCCACAGAUUUCAAAGUCCUUUGAAUGGACAGCAGAUUGCGAUUUGAAUGACCCAAUAGAAACUGAAGCUCUUAGGACUGCAGAAUUGGACAGAGACCACAAUAACAACGAUAUGAAUCAGGAAAAGAUUGAAACACCGGAAGGACCCAGGCUUCCCCCAAAAGCUCGGUCACGUUCUGUGGAUUCUAGGGUUGAAACAGCUCUUGCUCUUCCAGAAAACAGCAUGAAGAGAUCACCACCUGCAGCUCCACCAAAUCAGAAUGAAGCAUUUGUAUUUCCAAAAAAGGAGUUAGAAAAAGUGGAUAAUGGGCUUCACAGAGUCCUUCAGAGGAAAGCAGGCAUGACUAUUUCACCUUUAAAUACUUUUCCCAGAAAUUCGGAAUAUCAAAGCCAGUUUGUUUGGAAGAGUCCUCAUGAAAAGUCUCCAAUACUUGCAGCUGAACAGGUUGUUCACAAUACGAGUAAGUCUGUCCCUCCAUUUAAAUCUCCUGCAAUUACUUCUGAAGCUGAAUAUGAGAGAAACUUCAAAGGUUCUCCUGUUAAGAGUCCACAGCUGAGAAACGAUUCAGAAGAGAAAGAAUUUCCGGUUUGUGAACAAAAUAAAAGGAAAGAACCGUUUCAAAAGCCAACAGAAGAUGCAUCAAAACAAGGGAAAAAAUCAGAACAGAAACAUCCUAAACAAAAAAAUAAGCAACAUAUCAGUCAAAAACCCCUCUCUUUACAUACAAGUCAUGGGAAGAUGAACACUGAAUAUAGAUCAAAAUUUUUGUCUCCAGCUCAGUAUCUGUACAAAGAUGGAGCUUGGUCUCGUAUCAGGAAUAGCGUUCCAAAUCAGGCGUCUCAAAACACCCUAAAUUCCAUGUGGUAUAUGGAGGUGAAAGAACUUCGAGCCAGAGCAAAGGCUUACAGGCAACGAAUAGAGGGAACACACUUCUCCCGAUACCAUCUCAAUCAGAUUCUGUCCGAUAAUAACAGUCUCUGGGAUGUGUCCUCAAGUUCCAGUUCAGAAGAAGGCAUCAGCAACAACAUCAGAGCGCUAGAUCUUGCCGGAGUUUCUGAAAAAGAGACUUCACCGUGCUCCAAAGUACUGCACCAACCUGACUCAAGAGAAGAGAUGCACCAGGACAGCACUGAGAAGAAGGGCAUGUCAGAUGCUUUGACUGUUCCAGUCAAAAGGCGUUUAGUUUGGGGUGAACAAGAAGGUACUGAAGAAAUGGACAAUCGGCCAUCAGCAGAAGAGGAAGAAAAAGAAAACGAGCAGGUUGCAGUCGUGACUCAGAAGUUAGAAGAUAAGGAUGCCACUGAGGAUAAAAAAAUUAAAAGUGAGAGUGCCUCUGUGGCUACAUCAGAUGCUUCUUCUGUAGCCUCGGGGACAGGUGGCAGGCUUCCUACUCCGAAGCUGAGAGCACUUGGUGGAGCUCAGAGGACUCAUCAUGAUCUCACCACCCCAGCUGUUGGAGGUGCGGUUUUAGUGUCUCCUCCCAAGUCCAAGUCUUCAUCUCCACAGCAGAAAACAAGAGGUUUAGGAACAGACCCUUCUCCAGCUAAGCAAGGUGCAAGAGAAGCUUCACAAAGAAGAUCCUUCCGGCCUGAUGUGGAAGUGGAAGCUGUUUCACUCCUUACCUCUCCACCUGCUGGGCUGGGAACUUUGGAUCCUUUGCCCUUACGCCAGGAUCAGUGGCCUGGUGAUAGUGUUUGUGAUGAGCGAGUUUCUCUUGCUUCAGAACAUCAAGAGCAUUCCUCUACCCCUCCUAUGCUGAAGGCAGCCGAAAUCCGCUCUAUGCCUUAUUGGAGUCCCUCUCGUCGUAUUCAAGGGACUCUCAAGGACCCAGAAUUCCAGCAUAAUGGGAACGUUGUGAGUCCCAAAAUGAGAUCUUUCCAGUUACCACUUCAGGAAAGAAACUAUAAUGAUGAAGAUGACAGGCUGUCUCAGAUUUCUGCUCGCUCUGCAGCUUCUAGCUCACUGGCAUCUCAGGUGCUGGAACGAGCCCAGAAGAGGAAGGAGGAUUUCUGGGGCAAGACAUAAUCUAUCCCACCUGUUUUAUAGAAACUGUUCUGUAAAAUGAUUUAUUUUUAAAGUUUGUAGUUGUGUAUAUUUUUUUAAAACUGUGAUUGUAGGUGUCAUGUAGUAUCCUUUCACCUAUCACUAAGAAGGCCCAACUUUUUAAAUGUGUCAGCCCAAUUUUGACAUUUCAGUAUUUAUACCAGUGCUGGAAAUCUAGGUCCUUGGUAUCUCUAAGAAUUCAGUCCUAAUUCAUUAUUUUCAUUAUUUUACAGGAGCUGUUUUUUUUUAAAAAAAAAAAAAAAACAAAAACCAAUGGCCCCUCCUGAAACUGAAACAAUUACUUUUAAUGCAACCUGUCUGUUACUCUUCAAGGUGUUCUACGGCAGUCAUGCAGUAUUUGGGGGCAGUAGCAUCGUUCACCCAACUUCUCAGUUGCUUGAUUUUAGCCAGGUGUAUUAGACAGCUGUGGCAGUAUAUUUGUUUGUUGCUGUCUGAAGUGUGAGUAUAGCACAGUGCUAUAAUAAACUUUGUUACUUUUGCUACUUACUGCUUUUAGGCUGCUACCAAAAAAUUCCCACUGUUUCUUAACAAAGCUAAUAGGAAAUAUACAAGAGUUUGAGAAAAGAAGGUUAAGCUCUGGGGUUUUGUUAAUUGUCCCAGCUUUUUGGCCAGGUUGACUAUGAGAGAUCAAUGUGUACAGUACCACAGCUUGUCAGAAGAAUCAAUGUGGACAUAAGUCUUUUGUUGGCAAGACCUAUUUUUAGUGUUAAUUUCAACUUCUCUAGAAAAAGCAAUCUCAAACACCUAAACACUGGUCUUCCCCUGCCCUACUUCAGCUCAGGUAUUUAGGAGUAGUUGGUCUCUUAAAGUAAACGUGGAAGAAUGUUUUAUUUGGCUUUGACAUUUUAGUUACCUCUUCUGAUUGCCUGUUUUUGGGUGACUGGAAUACAGUAAUCAUUGUCACAGCAAAAACUGUUUGUGAUUUGUGCUGAAAGCCUGUUUUCUCUUUCCAAGUGAUGCAAACAAGUUAACAGGAAUUCAGAGAAACAGGCGGGUAGCAGCCAGUUCUUACAGCGGUUUGGUUUUUUUUUUACAUGGUUUCAAGUUUUAAUAAUACAUGGUUUUAAAAUUUUGUACAAGAUCAGUUUCAAUUUUGUACACAUUUGAAAAUAAAAAAGGUCAAGUCUGCUUUGCUUCUAUUCAAAUGAUAACAGAUAAAUUGGUAGAGUCUGUUGCAUUGGCACUUCUCUGUUCAGCUGGAACCUCUGUGGACUUCUGGAAGACAAGAUGUUUCCAUUUAGAACUGUUCUUUAGAAGGGAUAAGUUACUAAAGCUGGAUACGGUGAUAUAUGGAAUCGUGACUGACUACACCCAGCUUAGUUGAGUGCUCCAUAGGAUAAAAGACUGCAGUCCCCAAAUGACCAGUCCCCCCUCAAAUGAGAUGAUUUAAAGAGCGAGUGCUGUCCAGCACUGACUGUGUUAGAAAUCAGUGUCCACUUCCUCCAGAAGUUCUGCAUUACGAUAGCUUCCUACCAAUAGUGUUGUCUGGAACAAAUCAAGGUAUUGGGGUGUUUUAUCUCAAGGACUUUCAGGCUUAUUCUUUGUGAUGCACUUCAAACUUUGUAAUUGAUCAGAAAAUUUUUACUAACAGGAAAACUGGGUUUUUGCGUGAAACAACUUGUUGUGAAAAGUGCCCCUUUUCCUCUAAAAUGACAGCUUUUCAGUGGAAAACUUAAUGGCUAAAGAUGGAAAUACUGCUGCAGUGCAUUGUGGGAGGGUUAAUUUGAUUGUCUUCUGUCCAGAUGCUUCAUUAUGGGCCACUUUCUUGUUUAACCAUAUAGUUGAACAUGUGUCAUCUGUUGCUUCUCCUCUGUGGUACCUGUAAUCUGAGUUUUAUGAACUAUGUCCUCUUUUUUAAGCUUUUUUUUUUAAUUACUUUUUGGUUUUCUAUGUUUACCUGAGUGCCUGGGAUUCCUGGCUAUCUGGCAGCUCUAUCAGAGUUCCUGUAUAGGCUUGAUAUUGAGGCCUGGGAGUCAUGGAUGUUUUAACAGCAUAUGUGCCAAUUUGCUAUACUAUAUUGCACUGUGAGUGUGGUGCAUCUGGGUAGCGUUGAGUUUAUUCUGUGUGCUCUAUGGUACAUGGAUAUUUAUUUCUGCCAAGGAGACAAUAGAAGUUGUAAAGGAGGAAGACGUUUUUGUUGCAUGAGAGUGCAAACCGAAUUUAGGAUGAGAAUGGAAGCUCAUGGCGUCUCACACAUCAUCAUGAUGGUAUUUUCCUUCUGAACAGAUUUUAGCCUUUACCUGAAAUAUUCUAGUUGAAUUUCCUUUUGGGCAGAAGUAUUUAAGGGAAAUGCAGGCAAAAUUUCUGAGUAACACUGGUGCAAAGCUGGUGAAGAAUGCUCUUCCAUAAUCUUCAAGGCAGACACAAAAUUCUUCAUGCCUUCUUUCUGCUAUUAUUGUUUAUCUGGUUCUUCAAGAGGGUUUUUUUUUUUUGCUUUGUUUUUCUGAACUUCUCAGGCCAGCCUUUAAGCACAUUUCCUGUUGUGUUUUGCAGAAAGCUGAACAUGGAAAAAAGUUCAGAAGUGCAUCCUUUAUUAAUAAUUCCAGAUGCGUGCUUUGCAGUGAAUGUGUAUUGUUUUCUGUCAAGGAAAUCUUAGAAGCCUUGAAGUGGAGAGACCAGUAAGUUAAGCAAGGAGGAUGGCAGUUGCCAAUAGGAGAUGCAUGUAAAGAAUAAAGCUAGUUUGGGGAGCUAGUUGACUUAAGGACAGGAUUUGCAAAGCCAGCAUGUUAACGAUGGAGCUAAUCAAUAAGAAGCGUGGAACUGAAUGUCUUCAGCUCCUGUUCCCAAGUAGGGAAUGCAUACUGAUUGAAUCUCACUGCUUGGGAUUCACAGCUCUGAACCACCGGUAGAACUAAAUAAGCCAACUUUUCCUCACAAAAUGUUACUGACAGAGGAAAUGCUCUCCUUUACCUGAUAUUCCUGCAAAUACAGUAUUCACCCAACAAGUCCACAAAGAGUCCACUUUGCAAAGACUUCCCACCUUGCCAGAUGAUAAGCGUGUUAUCUGUCUGUGGGAAUGAGAAAUGGCCUCUCGGUUUCUUCUGCUGACUUUGUUCUGCAUUAUAUAAAAAUGGUUGCUCGUCUAGGGAUUGGAGCAAAGAUCACCUUGUUCUCAAAUUAUUCUCUCUCUCUAAGCUAGAGAGUUGUGCUUGCUCUAGCAUCCUCCUCCUCUUUCUGGCCAAAUCACAGUGAAAUGAAUUCAGCAGGAGAGAUGAAGCACCUUUCUCUGUAGUUAGGCAGUUCUUCCAGGGAGGUUUGUCUACCUCUGUGCAUGAUAAGAGUUUUAUAGAUUAGUUCAGUGCUUACAGUAGCAGCAAGGUAGUAUUUACACACUUGCAUAAUUUUACGGCUCUGGGCAUUCAUUUUUUUUCAGAGUCUCCCAGUGUCUGUCUUGAUGCAUCAGCCUUCUGUACUUAACAGUGCUGAAGUUACUACUCAAACCUGGGCCUAACAUUUUGGGAAGGAUCAGUUGGGGCUUUCUAGCCAUGCAGGCAAGUUUGGGAGAAAAUUUGGGAUUGUGGAUAAUUCCACUUUCCCUUCCCCCUCCCCCCCAAAUCCUGCUAAAGUGCAGUAGCUUUGCAUGGAUAUUUUAUUGUUGCUUUAAAGUUCUAAUGACCCAUCAAGAUGCGUUCUGAAACAUGUGAAGUAUACUCAUCCUAUUAACCUUCCAAAUAAAUAUAAGCAGUCGGUUUCUUUAGCCAUCAGGAUGAGAUUAUUUUUGAUGAAGGUGUAGACAACAAGGCGUAUUUUGGGGACAUACAGUCUGGAUUAAGUCCCAAGGCUGCCCAGUACUUUUCCAGUGAUGGGAAUGCUGGUAAACAAGUCACUAUGUUGUUGUAUGGGGAUUUUGAGUCUUUUUGUUUUAAAAAAAUCCUUAUGUAUGGCUCAUAUGGACCCCUGUAUAGUGAAUAACAGCCUCAUGAGAACAGGUUUGCCUUUGCUGUUGCCUUGCAGGUAGUCCAAGUUCCUUCUGGACCUAAGGGCUGAUUGAAAAACAGUGUAUAUUGAGGAAGGGUCAAAAGAAGUGAAGACCAGUCUUUGGGUUUCUCCUUCAUUGACAAAUUUUUCUAGUCCACAUGCUCAGAGGUUUUCUCUAUCCAACUCCUGGUGUUACUGUAUUCUGACAGCUGCAGAGGAAAGUGUUUUUCAGAUGCUGUCCAUCAUACUUGAACAAAGUUAAAACAACUGAAGGUGGGUCAGGAAACACAGCUUCUGUGAAAAUGCUAUUGUGCACUUAUUUGCGUAAUGCUAUUCUGCUUUUUAAUUAUACAUGGCUGUUCCCACUUCAAGGCUGAGUUGACACCAAAUGUUCUAGCAGCAAGGCAGUUUUUACUGUGUGGUAAAAUUUGUCCGUAAAGAGCCCAGUCCUUCACCAACUGAUGCAAGUGAAAGUUUUGCUAUUGCACUAGUUGACCAAUUUUUAGUGGCCUGAAGCAAAAUAGUUCCCUUACCCAAAUACACACAAAUGAGUGAUAAAGAAAACUUCAAAUUAGAGUUUGAAUUGUUUUGCAAAUUAAAAAAAAAAAUGAUUCAAACAGUAAUUUCAUUUGACCUAAAUUAGUGUCCUAAAUCCAGCAGUUAUUCAAACCUUUACAGAUAUGAGUCUCAGGAAGAGAGGGGAGGACUCUGCAGAACUUUGGUUAGCGCUUUGGGGCAUAGUAAAUUCUCUUAGGUGCAGACUCAGCCUGGCUUUGCUCUAAGAAAGUGUAAUAUCACAUACCACUGAUUACGGCAAAAGCUAAAGAUUCAGUUCGUCAGCUGCUCAGAGCUAACCAAUUAAAAUCCGAUUUCACAGAAAUCCAAGUUGCUUUUUGUUCUGGGUUUAAUAAUAUGUUGAAGAAGAACAUCUGGAGUUUCCUGUUAAAAAUGUAAAUGAGUUUCCGAAACAGUUUACUACAGUUAAUCCGUGCGAUAUGUGAGCUGAUUCUUGUGAGGCUUCUGUGUCGUAAGUUGAGCUCUGUUUGUUAGCAGGAAUCUGCUGUAGAAAAUCCUGUGGAGUGGACUGAGCCCCAUGUUUAAGGUCUGAGCUCAGCAUGCCGGAUAUGCUGCAUGUUGGAAAAGUCUUGAGAAACUCUGAGGAGACCUGUGCUUUUUGGUGGUCCUUCAAUGUCUUAUUAGGAUGGAGGGCAGAGAGCGGCACAAAAUUCUCCUAGAGAUUGGCACCUUCACUUAAAGGUGAACAAGGCCUGACAGUUUUUAAGCAACGCAUACAUAUGUUGUGUUGGGUUAGUUUAUUUAAUUCAUGGGAGUAAAAGCGUAAGAGCAAAAGCACUUGUUUGCUGAUAAGAGCUAUCUCUUUACAAGGAGAGUCUGGUGAUACACUUGUGCUAGCAAAUCCUUUGUAGCGUAGACAGCCACUGUGGUGGCUCGAAAGCACCUCCUUCAAGACCAGAGGUAGAAUAGGAAUGGCUAGACAGGAUCCAGAAGCCUGUACUUCUGAAGUGUGACUUUGUGCAUCCAUUUCUGGUCACUGAGUUUCUGUGAUAAGCACAAACACACACACGUGCAUCUGUGGAUGCACCCUGAUCUGGAGAAUUGCGUGCCUAGCUCUCACGUAAGGGCUGUAAUGAGACGAGGUGGAAAUCCAGCAGGACUCUGUGCCCUCCCAAGCUGAGCUGGGUUUGUGUUUUCCCAGAACUGUGCUCUCGUGUUUGGUGUGCUGUUUAUGUUUCCAGGGGGAAGCUGACUCCAACCUGUUUAUGUGUUUUAGCUAUACAAUACGUGGCUAAAAACAGAUAACCCAGGAAAACAGCAUCCUAAUCCCUAGACUAACUAUUUUGCUCGAUCUCUUUUCGACCCCAUAAAUCUCACAUUCUUGACAGUAGUCCCACUCCAACAGGAAACUUGCUGACUAAGGGUCUCUCCUGGGAGAGGGGCAAGAGUGUAACUGCAGGAUGGAGAAGGGGUGGAGCAUGGGCUUUUGACUUCCUAGAGAAGGAUAAUCACUAGAAGACUCCUAUUAACAGCACGGAACCUAGCACCACUUCUCCAGCAGCCCUGUUAUGGAGAAUCACUGAACAGUUAUGGGCUUAACUUCAGCAGAGGAUGGCAAAGUCAGACCUGUGGUGGAAGUGCUUGUGUGUAGCCACUCCUGACCCUUAAUACGGACAGUGCCUGGAUACUGUCAUUUACUUCACCUUAAAUGACGUUGUUUUCCUUCAGAAUGCUUUAUUUACUACUGAAGAUGCUGUGGAUUUGUAGAUGUUAUAACUGAUUGUACUUGCUAAAUCAACAUGUGUAAUGCUUAGGCUAUUUCUUAAUCUGAGCAGUUGUGUGUAACUGAACUUUGGAUUAUAAACCAGCUUGCAAAAUUC